AUGACUCUUACCGUUGGCGUCGCUGGCAUCACUGGCAAAUUUGCCCGCAAUGUUGUCACCAAUUUGUUGAAAAAUCCCACAGUUUCCGUCCGCGGCCUUUGCCGAGAUCCGACGAAAUUGCCCGCUUCGAUUCGAUCUUCACCCCGCGUUCACGUAACGAAGGGUGAAUCCACCGACACCCACGCGCUGCACUCGUUCGCUAAAACAUCAGAUGUCGUCAUCUGCUGCUACCUUGGCAAUGACAGCCUCAUGACAGAAGGGCAGAAGCUGUUGAUCGAUGCUUGUGAAGCGGAGGGUGAGUAUCUGGGUACGAAGACAAUCAAGGGUGUCCAUGUCCUCAUCGGCGUUUUCAUGGAAACGUUUUGGAGUCGCUUCUUUGGAGCUUGGAAUCCGGACUCGGCCACGUUUUCCUACUGGGGCUCCGGUGAUGAAACCUGGGAGUCGACUACUUACGCCAACGCGUCUGAAUUUGUGGCAGCAGUAGCUCUGGACGAGGGCGCUGUCGGGGUCCAGAAAUUUCUUGGUGAUAAGAAGAGCAUUCGCCAAAUUGCCGAAACUCUGGAGGCCGUUUACGGCAAGAAAGUCAGCUUGAACAAUCUUGGAACUAUGGACGACUUACACAAGACGAUGCUUCAAAAGCGGAAGGCCGACCCGCGAAACGUCUUCAGCUACCUUCCACUGUUCUAUCAAUACUACUGCACUAAUGGGCAGACGUACUUGGAGGUAGACAUUGACCACCCCCGGUAUCCUGAGCUCAAACGAGUGACGUUUGAAGACUUUUUGAAGAAGCACCCCAUUGAGGAAUUGUCAGGCGCUUCACAAGCCGUUGCGUCGAAUAUCUAACCUGGUAUCGAAAAGGAUGGAAGGAUCGUUGCAAGUUUACAUAGAAAUGAGGUGAAGGUUCACCUAAAUGAGAAACAGUCCAACUUUCACAAGGGGUGUAUCCCCAUUUGCAAGACAUUUUACGAAUCUAGCAUGGUUGAAGAGGGACACAUUCGUGGGCUUAGUCAUUUCUGAGUCCGAACACAGAAGCGACGGGCUGGGAGGGGUUAGUGUGGGAUCGGUAGUCGGGGCUGGAGAGAGCCGAGAUUGAUACAGCGAACUCUGUACCUCCGUACUCCAUAGCCCCUGUGACAGCCAAGUUAGUUCGUAUGUGGGCUUGCCCGACACAUCAAUAAACGGGUAGUAGGCCACCCCCCCAGAGUGCCACGGUUGUCAAUUGUGCUUUCUCACACCCAUAUCAAACCCAUCUCACUCGAAGCCUAGCC